CACCCGAGAGAAAUGGCUCUUCAAGAGGGCUUUUCGGUCUUUCGUCCACCGUUCUUUAACGGAUUGGACUACACUUAUUGGAAAACUCGAAUGAGAGUUUUCUUGAUUUCUCUAAAUAUGUAUUUAUGGAAUAUCGUUGAAAACGGUUUUCAACUUCCCUCUAAAUCGAUGAACGAAUGGUCGGAUUUAGAGAAGAAGUAUUUUUCUUUAAACGCAAAGGCUAUGAAUGCCUUAUUUUGCGCUUUGGACAAAAAUGAGUUCAAUCGGGUUUCUUUGUGCGAAACGGCUUUCGAUAUUUGGCGCACUCUUGAAAUCACGCACGAGGGAACUAGUAGAGUCAAAGACUCGAAAGUUAAUAUUUUACUACAUGAUUUCGAGCUUUUUCAUAUGAAACCAAGCGAAACCGUUGUUGACAUGUACACCCGUUUUACGGAUGUCGUCAAUGGUUUAAAAUCACUUGGUAAAAGCUUUUCGGAUUUUGAACUCGUUAACAAAGUUUUGCGCUCACUUUCUAAAACUUGGGAUUCAAAAGUAACUGCAAUACAAGAAGCAAAAAACCUAAACAACUUACCACUUGAAGAACUAAUUGGUUCAUUGAUGACAUAUGAAAUGGUGCACAAUGCACAUGAUGAACAUGUUGAACACAAUUACCUUCCAAAGAAUAGGAAGGAUUUGGAACUCUGGACAAAUGAAUGCCACUUGAGCGAUGACUCAAGUGAUGAGGACAAUGAUGAACAAAACAACCUUCCAAUGAACAGGAAGGAUUUGGGACAUAGAACAUUUGAAGACCACUCGAGCAUAAGCUCAAGUGAUGGUGAAUUUAAACUACAAAUGAAACUAAAAUUAAAAAGCAAAAAGAAUCGAACUACUUGCUUUAAACGCAAGAAGAAGAACAAAAAUUGGGAUGAAUCGAGCUCCUCCGAAGAAGAGAAACUCAACAAAAGCAAGGCGGCAAACUACGCCUUAACAGCCUACAAUGAUGAGAAAGUAGAAGAAGGUUUUGAACAUCAGGAAGUAUUUUUGCCACAUGUACCUGCUCCAGAGAUGCUACUAAAUAUAGAAGAGCUAAGAGAGAGGCGUCUUGCAGAUCCUCAUCUUUCCAUGGAGUACCGAAACAAAAUUGCCAAGAAGAAAUUCAUCCCAUGGCCCAUAGAAAUAAGGUUUUGUGAAGAUUACCACUUCUCAGAACAAUCUCCACCAAGGUUUAGGUAUUGGCUUAAAGUGAAAGGCAAACUUACAGAUGACCCAGCAUUGCAUAGAUGUGUUCUUGCAUAUGCUUCUGAUCUUAUCUUUGGUGGCAUUAGCCUAAAUCCUCAUCGACGGAGGGGCUUGAAGAUAGCAUCUCUCAGUUUGGAUCACUCGAUUUGGUUCCACAGGUCUGUAAGAGCUGAUGAUUGGUUAUUAUUUGUGAUAGAGAGCCCAUCUGCUAGUGGAGGUCGUGGACUCUCCUUUGGUCGUAUGUUUAACAGGAGAGGCGAGCUUAUCAUGUCAUUAACCCAAGAGGGCCUAAUCAGAAAAGCUAAACAACAAAAUGAAGAUCUCAACUCCAAGCUCUAAGGGCCAUUCAAAGUUCCAGUGCAGCAUAUGCUGUGCGGUGCUGAUGCCUAUCCACUAUUCUCCAUCAGCCAUACAUUCCACGCCUAUGUUAGUAAUACUACAUUAAAAUUGUUGGUUGCUUUAGUUUCGCUGCAUAUUUAGGUUUGCUAGCUACACAGAAUGCUUAUUGCUGUAUGAUAGAGGAAAUGGCCGUAUGAUAAUUGCUUAUUUCUCUGACCAUGAAGCAAGUGUAAUAAAUACUUUCCAUCCUAAUAAAUCCAGCUGAAAGAACUUGGAUUUUCCUUGA